CUCUGGACACCCGCUGGUUUACCCCUGCGGAUCCCUACCCUCUCUUGGUUCUGGUCUGUCGAAGUAGAGUUGGGGGGUCCUGAUCAAUCGUGGAAUGAGGAAUUUUACCAAGUUCAUUGGCUUCAGGAAAAGGCACUACAGGACCGAUGGAAGGAAGAAAUGAUAUUGGUCCAAUUGGAGAUGGAUUGGACAUGCAACUUUUUUAUGUGGAAAGCAACCCAGUGGGGUGACCAAAUGCAGGAAUCAUUAGUGAAACGCCUUCUGGGUCAUGCAUCUUACUCCAGAAGGCAAUUCAGAAUGUAUUCAUUACUGGCACAGGAUGCCCAGGCAGCAUUUUAA